UCAGUAUUCAAAACCGUAAAGCACCCGGCAAUACUUCACCAGAAGGAGAGGCCCAUUGAGAUUCUCAUUGGUACUUUGCAUGACCGAUAACAAUCAUUAGACGAACAUCUGGAGCGGUGAGACCACAACAAAUUGCAUCAUAUGGCUUCUACUGAGCACAAAGAAGCUCCCCUCCAAAGUUUCGUCUACGAUGCCUUACCCCAAGCCGAUUGUGACAUCCGGCUACUCGACCUCGAAUGGUGUGAAGUCAAAAAGAUACUGCGGGGGAGUUUGAAUGCCGUUGGGUUGGCAAUGGACGUUGGCUACGAGACGCUAUCUUACACCUGGAAUGGUGAAACACCGUCAGUCCCGAUCAUGUGCAAUGGGAAGACCCUCCUGAUAACUCAGUCCUUGAAUCUGGCUCUGGAAACCCUUUGCAAAUUGUCAUCGCCACGCCGUCUAUGGGUUGAUGCGAUCUGCAUUAAUCAAGCCGACGAUCACGAGAAAGCCCAGCAAAUACCUCUAAUGCAUUUGAUAUAUUUUUCCUCGAAUCAAGUCAUUGUCUGGCUCGGCACUUCUACAGAAGCCACCGAUCGAGCCAUGGACAUGGCAAUGACGCUUCUCGAGGGUCUAAAGACAAUCCGAGAACCGAACUUGGAGGACUACGCCCCAAUCUUGGAAAAACUGGGUCUCCCCAUCCAAGGUGAUCUUAUCUGGGAAGGGUUGGGCGACCUCGUCAGUCGAAGAUGGCAUGCCCGCCUGUGGACUUUACAGGAAUUUGUCUCCGCUCGAAAAGCCACUGUGUACUGCGGCUCCAAAUCGGUCGACGCCGAGAUACUGAAGAGUCUGUUUAGCGAGUUGGGUCGCACAGGCUUGAACUUUGAGAUUUUAGCAAAGGAGGACACGAGGGCCUCUGGAUACACAAGUUUCGAGAGAUUCGACUACAGCAUCUUGGUGUUUGCCACCUACAUGGCUCGGCGUCGGGAGUGUAGUGAACCAGUCGACAAAAUCUACGCCAUCAGAGCACUUUGCAACCCCCUCGAGUCUGUCAGAGUGGAUUAUACAAAGGCCAGCCGGAAGCAGUACUGGAAACUGUAUAUUGAAGUCGGCCAUCUCUUACUACAGGAAGAACCAAGUCUACUUGCCUUGGGAAGUAUUUGUACGAGCUCCAGAUGCCCAGAGUUACCAUCCUGGUGCACCGACUUCAACUCGGUCCCGCUUCGGCACCCCAUAUGGGAUGGUCUCGGUGCAGGCGGUCCUGCAUUCGAAGAGUCCGUGCCGCCGCAUGUCGCCAGUUCGUGGGACAAGCGGCGGAUAUACCUGCGAGGGUUCGCGGUCGAUUCCUUUGUCCAAAUUUCCGACCCCUUCCCGGACCUCGAGCUCGAGACACAAUGGAGUAAACGAUGGUUUGCCCAUAUUUUGGAAUGGCUUCAGCAUUGUCUAGACUCAUUCGCCCCCUACACAAAGCAAGACGGCGAUAGGUCAAAUGACCCUUCCGAAGCAUUCCUCCGAGGAAUAUUUUGUGCAGAAACGGACAUGAGCAGGUCCGACCUCCUGGAGCUGACACAGCAAUAUCGUCUUGCAAUUUUGGCUCUCGAAUUCGGAAUCCAUGAUCGAUUCCUAGGCAAAGGCGGGCUAGAAAGCCUUCUAGACAUCAAUCAUGCUAUGACCACCAUCAACCAUAUACGUACUGCAUGUCCGCACCGUCUUUUUGGCGUCACUGCCCAGGGACGCUUGGGGUUGGCCCCUAAAGAGCUCCGGGAUAAGGAUCUGCUAUGCGUAUUUCGAGGGGCGGCCGUCCCUUUUGUCCUACGGCCUCUUGACGACUCAGAUACGUAUGAAUUGAUUGGUGAGGCAUAUGUUCAUGGAUUUAUGCACGGAGAGCUUUUCCAAGAUGGGAGAUUCCAAGACGAUGCCGGCAGUACGGUAUUUGAGGUUGUUUAAGUGGAAAUUCACUGAAGAGAUCAUGAAAUCGCGCUCUCGAGUUUGACAUACUGAGACGUCGACACCUCCACCGCAGUUACACCCAGCCACAGUGAUCUUGUACUGAAGCGGCAUUCACGGAAUGCUACAACAAUGGUAUGUCACGAAAUGAAAGUGCCUACAUACGCUCGAGGGUCAUGUCCAAACCUGCUAGCUUUGAGACAAGAUCGGUUCAUGAUAUGGGACCCAAGAUAUUGGAGUGUGUGCGUCUCCAUCAAGCCCCAGAUGUGCCAAUACGACCCGGAGACGGCAAUCACCCCUGGUCAUUUGGAGUUGAUGUACGACCGACAAUGCCGAGGAAAUGUGACUGGGAUUCACCUGAGUUCUUGCAAGGCCAACUCUGACCCACGAGUUCCAUACAAAGAGUUGACAAGGAGGAGCCUUAUCAGGCAACGCAUAUAUGGGUCAGCAGUUACCAUAAUACUAAAACCUUGAUCAGCAUGACUGAGCCGACUGAGGUACAG